UUUAGAGAGUGUCUUACUUGAAGGUUUGGGAGUCUCCUUAGGUUGCUCAAACAACUAUGGAGGACAAGAAGAUGUUGGCGAACUAUGUGCCGGUCUAUGUGAUGCUCCCGUUGGGGAUUGUUUCAAGUGACGAUGUUCUGACAGACAAGGAAGGCCUGAAAAAGCAACUGUUGAAGCUGAAAACGGCCGGUAUGGACGGGGUAAUGUCCGAUGUGUGGUGGGGGAUAGUGGAAGCAAAAGGUCCAAAGCAAUAUGAUUGGAGUGCAUAUCGGAGCAUGGUUGAACUGGUUAAAGAAUGUGGGUUGAAGCUACAAGCUAUCAUGUCCUUCCAUCAAUGUGGCGGGAAUGUGGGAGAUGAAGUGUUUAUCCCUAUCCCGAAAUGGGUUCUAGAUAUCGGGGAAUCCGACCCCGAUAUCUUCUACACCAAUCGAGCCGGUAACCGGAAUAAGGAGUACCUCACUCUCGGAGUGGAUCACCUGAAUAUUUUCCAUGGAAGAACCGCUGUCCAGGUUUAUGGGGACUUCAUGAAGAGCUUCAGGGAGGCAAUGGCAGAUCUGAUUGAAGAUGGGGUCAUAAUUGACAUUGAAGUGGGACUUGGUGCAGCUGGAGAGCUCAGAUACCCUUCUUAUCCACAAGAUCAGGGGUGGAUUUUCCCUGGCAUUGGAGAAUUUCAGUGCUAUGACAAGUACCUGAAAGCAGAAUUCAAAGAGGCAGCUACAAAAGCAGGUCAUCCCGAAUGGAACGUGCCGGACGACGCUGGGGAAUACAACGACACGCCCGAAGCAACGGAGUUUUUCGGACCGAAUGGGACAUACCUCUCCGAGAAAGGCAAGUUCUUCUUGACAUGGUACUCCAACAAGUUACUCACACAUGGAGACGACAUCCUCGACGAGGCCAACAAAGCUUUCCUAGGCUGUAAGCUCAAGUUAGCGGCCAAAGUAUCCGGGAUUCACUGGUGGUACAAAUCAGAGAGCCAUGCUGCCGAGCUUACUGCCGGGUACUAUAAUUUGUAUGAUCGAGACGGGUAUCGUCCCAUUGCGAGGAUGCUCUCGAGACAUGAUGAGGCUAUCUUGAACUUCACUUGUCUUGAGAUGAGGGACACCGAGCAACCUGCGGAAGCCAAAAGUGCACCUCAAGAACUUGUUCAACAGGUUUUAAGUGGGGGAUGGAGAGAACACAUUGAAGUUGCAGGUGAGAAUGCCUUGCCAAGGUACGACAGCUACGCUUACAAUCAGAUCCUAUUGAACGCAAGGCCCAACGGUGUGACCGAGAAGGGAAAACCAAAGAUGCAUGGGGUCACAUAUCUCCGUGCAUCCGAUGAUUUAUUCAAAGAAAACAAUUUCGAGCUAUUCAAGAUCUUUGUCAAGAAAAUGCAUGCAGACCAAGAGUACUGCUCCGACCCCGAAAAGUACGGUCAAGAUCUAAAGCCACUGCAGCGCUCAAAGCCGAAGAUUCCAAUCGAUGAACUCAUUGAUGCAACCAAGCCAUUGGAACCUUUCCCUUGGGAUGAAGAAACAGAUAUGAAAGUUGAUGGCUGAAUUACAUAAAGAGACUUGAGUGUAUGGAUUAGUAAUAACUUAAAGAAUAAAGCUCAGGUUAUUGAGUGGA